AGCAGAACUAAGCAGACUGUAGUUUGGCGCUAUGGAAAGCGUGCGGCGUCUUCAUACGGUCCUUGGCCACAUCAAUGGUCAUGCAGAGGAGCCACUGUGGGUGGCUCUGAUGGAUGCAGGGCACAACCCAGUUUCAAAGCCAAGGUACGGUUGUCGAUGCUCCGCAGAAAAGUGGCAGUAUGUUUGCAAGUGCUAUCCCUGCUUACGCCGCGCUGGGAGGGAAGAAGAUUUUGACUGGACACCUGAUAUCAUCGGAGCACAGCCCCAGUUCAUUCCUCCGCAGUGGAGAUCGAAGGCCGGUCUCAGAGCCGUCGCUUGUGCUGGCGAUCUGCCAAGACCCUCACCAAAGCGUCAACCGGAGCUCGUGACUUCGGAGGGUGCCACUCCUCGGAUGAGGCUUCCGGACGUCCCCGGGGCGCCGUGGGCGCCGCCCUUUGGGCCCGUGGCCAUCGGAGCACUGCCGCGCUUCGCGGGGAUGGCCACCUUCGCGCGGCUGCCGCAGCUCCAGGAGCUUCGCAGCUUGCAGGCCGCCAGAACGGCCGUCUUGCGGCUCCGCCCGAAGGAGGCAAAGAGUGGGGCCUUGGCCAGACUUCGAGGAGGCGCAAUGGGUGAUUUCGAGGCAAUUGGCGAGGAGGUGUCAUUGAGUGUUUCAGAAGAGCACAGUAACCUAGAGGUGGAGCUACAAGGGAUGCAAGCCACACUGGCUCUUUGGACACUGCCGGAUGCUUGGCAUCGUCACAUUUUCGAGUUUCCAAGUCCGAACGGCAAGAUUUCGCGUCUUGAAAUGGAGAUCUUUCUGGAGAAACGUCUGGAGCAGUUUGACAUUGCUUUGGUGGGUGUACCAUUUGACACGGGGUGCAGCUUCAGGCCAGGUGCGCGGUUCGGACCUGAAGCCAUCAGAAGCAACUCUCGCCUGACAAGACCAUACUUGAUUGCUCAGCAGCAGAGGCCCCUCCAAGAUAGGCAGGUGGUUGACACUGGAGAUGUCUUUGCAACACCUUUCAAUAUAGAUCAGGCCGUUCAACAAAUUUACGAGGGCUGCAAGGAGAGACUGCAAAUGUCACGACGUCUCGUGGUUUUCGGAGGAGAUCACACGCUCAGCUAUCCUUCCAUUAAGGCGGUGGCCGAAAGAUUUGGGCCAGUUGUGCUGGUUCACUUCGACUCGCACUUGGACACCUUCCCAAAACUGUGGGGCCAGGAUGUUUGGCAUGGAGCACCUUUCCGCAACUGCUGGGCAGAGGGUCUUUUGGCCAGAGAGGGAUCAACGCACAUUGGAAUUCGUGCUACGACCUAUUCCGCCGACGACUUUCACGACUCAGAUGCCAUGGGAAUUGCCACCCUGACGGCCGAGGAUGUACAUGAAAAGGGUGUGGAAGCUUGCGUUGAUGUCGUUCGAAGACGGUGGCAAGACUCCGGAGGAGCUCCGGUGUAUCUCUCUGUGGAUAUUGAUGUUCUCGACCCGUCCGUGGCUCCAGGCACCGGUACACCAGAAUUUGGCGGAUUGCUCGCUCACCAACUUCUUCAAUUUAUUAGAGGCUUAAAAGGACUACCUAUUGUUGCUGCUGAUGUGGUUGAAGUUGCACCAGCCUAUGAUCAUAGGCCUUGAGGGUCCCAAGGGUCCCAAGGGUCCCUUGUCUGGUGUCUUUGUCCUUUCGGUGUGGGCGGAGAAUCAUGACGUCUUUUUUGUAUAGGUAUAACAUCAAUGGCAGCGGCGAAUGUCAUGCUGGAGCAGAUCGGCCUGAUCAGUAGCUGCAUGGACUCAGAUGGUUUCACAAGUUGACAGCUCAAGACAUAAAAAAAGACAGCAG